UGACGGCUGCAGAUUAGCAGAGGGCUUACAAUUAUAUAGCUGGGCAGAACAAAAAGCGCUCAAAACCCCCCAGACUCCAGCCGAAAAACACCCUGAAAAGAAGAAGUCCGCCAUGAGCAGCGCCACGAGCUUCGGGAAGUGCGGCUCGGUGCUGGUGACCGGAGCCAGCCGCGGGCUCGGGCUGCAGAUCGUGGAGACUCUGGCGAGUGGCGGUUUCUCACCCAGGAAAAUCAUCGCCACGACUAGAAACCCUGCAGGAGCGCAGAAACUUCAGGAAUUGACGGAGAAAUAUCCGAACAUCCACAUUGUCCCACUUGACGUGUUGAGCCAGGAGAGCAUCGAGAGCUGCGUGGAGGAAGCGGGCCGGCUGCUGCAGGACGAGGGUCUGAACUGCCUCAUCAACAACGCGGGGAUCAACGUGGUGGCCGACUUCAACACGGUCACUGCCGAGCAGAUGAUAGAAAACUUUCACACCAACGCUGUGGCUCCUCUCAUGAUCACCAAGGCGUUUCUGCCUCUGCUGAAGAAAGCUGCGUCCAGAGGAGGUGCAGGUGGAGGAGGGAUGGGCAUCCAGAGGGCAGCGGUGAUCAACAUGUCCUCUCUGCUGGGCUCAGUGGAGCUCAACUGGGGUGACAGGAGCAACACUUUCAAAUGGUACCCCUACCGGACCUCCAAGAGCGCCCUCAACAUGGUCAGCCGCUGCAUGGCUGUAGAUCUGCAGCCUGAUGGGAUUCUGUGCAUGGCGAUUCACCCCGGCUGGGUCCGCACUGACAUGGGGGGACCGCAGGCGCCGCUCAGCUCGGAGGAGAGCGUCUCUGCCGUCCUGUCUGUGAUCGGCGGACUGACUGAAAAGGAUCAUGGGUCCUUUCUGAACUUCACAGGAGAGCAGCUGCCUUGGUGACCUGAGCGUGACCCCAGUGAGUCUCCAGGAACCUGUAACAGCUCAGUCGCUCCUGCUCACUUUUGCAAAGAGAAACAUCUCAGUGAUGCAGUUUGUUCAGUGUUAAACAAGUAGAGUUAAAAACAGUUAUUCCUGAAGUCUGUAAAAUGUUUGAUAUUCCAAGUUUUAGGCCUGACCAGAGUGUUAUUUACAAAAAGAACCAAAGAUGUUUUUUCCCCUUUGGAUUCAUCUGGUGAAUGUUUGAAAACUCACACACUGUAAGCUGCACUUACCAUUAAAUUCAG